UGGCGAUGUGUGAUGUUGAGAAGGGCGGGCGGGAUACUGGUGGUGGUGUGGGCGGUGGCGCUGGUUCUGGUGGUCUGCUUCGUCGGAGGCGCCCUGGCCGUCGGCGCCCAUAAUCCCUGUCCCAUCAGCGAGUUCACCUGCGACAAUCUCAGAUGUGUCUCCAAGGACCGAGUAUGCAACGGCAAGGACGAUUGUGGCGACAAAUCCGACGAGAAGCCAAACUGCACACCUUGCAACAUGACCUACUAUGGUGAAGUGGGUAGAAGCUACGAGAUUGAUCUUGAGGAAAACAGCAACUUGAAGCCACCAUUCACCUGCCACAUCACAUUCGUCGCCGGUGGUGACAUUUAUGGGGACCUUGUCCAGAUUGUCUUCCGGGACCUGGUCCUUGGCCAGUUCCGAUCUCAUCACGUUUGCGGCUGCCCUAAUGGCGAGCUCAUGAUUGAAGAACCCAACAGACCUCACAUAGGCGGAUCCUGGUGUGGUGGAACAAGUUUCCACAAUGUCUACUACAGUGAAACUAGUACUGUCACGGUGAAACUCAAAGUUCCAGCACCCGAACACGAGACUAUAGGAGAGAAGAAGAUUAGGCUUCGCCUCCUUUACAAAUUUCUCUUAACAGCAGAGUCAAUUGUUCGCUUUGGACCCUGGAAUAGUGCCAAAUACCUGGGAGUUUCUACUCCCGGAACAACUUGUGACCGCAUUUUCGACUCUUGUGACAGGCGUAAAUGUCGAAUACAAUCCCCAAAUUAUCCAGGAUUCUAUCCUCGUAAUAUCACCUGCCACUAUGUUAUUCGACAAGCUACAGUACCCCAUGGACGCCAUGCUUUGGUAAGUGUUGGUCAGGAGGAGAGAGGCAAGGUGCAUAUCAAGCAUACAGAUGCUGCAUGUGACAAUAAUCUUCAGUUAUGGCUAGAUGAAGAUUGUGACGUUGUAGGGGACACUCUAUCAAUAUACGAAAUUCAAGGAGAGAGUCGGCGACUCUUGAUUCGAUUCUGCGGAGGUGGGAAAGUGCCGCGCAUAACUGCCAGUGGAGCUGAGCUUUUACUUGUCUUCCAGACAUCUCCCUUUGAUAACCUAUAUUUUGACCCCUCAACCAUAACACACCCUGGUUUUGAGUUAGAUAUAGGUGUAGUUUUUGUACCCAAAAACUCCUUCCUGUAUGCUGACCAGAAAUGUGAAUUUGAGAUAUCAAGUUUUGAAGCACCUAGAGGUCAUUUUGAAAAUGUUGCUCAUUCUCUUCCUCGAGACAGCAAAUGUAUUUACAAAUUCAAGGGACGACCAGAUGAAGUCAUAUGGCUUUAUUUUACACGUCUGAAGUCAGUGUAUACACAGCCAUUGUCCCGGGAUGGCCCUCACUGCCGGAUCAGAGUUAGCCUGGUGGAAGGUGAAAAUGCUGAUGGAAAUGUGCUAGAAAACACAUGUGGCCCUCUAGGAGUGAGAGUAUGUCACCGUGAACAACUAGGCCCUGGAAGAAAUAGAACUCGACCUUGUGGUUCUCAGGAAAGUUAUCUUACUCAAGAUUAUCACGCAACAUUGACAAUUCACUAUUUACUUCCAUCUACCGUAGCAGACCUGCACUUUCGCCUUCAUUAUGAAUUUGUAUAUGCUGGACCCAGAGCUGCAGCUUUAAAUAAACCAGAACCGUGUGACAGGCAAAUCAACAGUGACCGUAGCAAAAAAGGACUUUUAUCAUCUCCAGCAAAUAACCUUCUGUACGGAAAAUUUGGUGCAACAAAUCUAAAAUGUCAAUACAAUCUUCAAGGGAAACCAAAUGAAGCAGUUAGAAUAACUUUCAUAUACUUUUAUGCCCAUAAUUCUUCUUGUCCAGGCAGAAGCACUCCACUCCAAGCUUGUGGUCGACCGGCACCCCUUGAAGGUCGAGGAGCAAGGCUUGAAGUGUCUGAGUGGCCAUGGCCAGGAGUAGAACUUCCUCAGGCUUGCAUAUGUAAUGGUCUUAAUCUACCUGCCACCCUACUGUCUUACUCAGCUUCAUUAACCAUUACAUUUUCUGUUGUGGGCAUGGAUGUAUUUGAUGAUUUUUCUCACUUUAGUUUUGAGCUUGAAUACGAAUUUGUCCCUGUGGAAGCUUGUGAGGAAUCAAGAAUUGUCAAAGGAGAAGCUGGAACUCUUAGUCUUGCAAUUCGACCACCACCAGGACCAUGUCGAGGUCAUCCUUGGCUCUUGCAACCUACCUCUAAUCAUUUCCUUCUAGUAUCAGUACCUGGAAAGGCAAUACGAGGGGGUUUGCAAGGAGCUGCACAUGGCCAGCUCAUUGAAGCUGAUGAUUCACUCCCUCAAGAGGCAUGCCAAAGUUCAGAGCUCCAUGUUUAUCAGCCUGGUAACCCUCGACCACUAAGUGCUGUUUGUGUUUCUCCAGGUGCUGCAGACACUGUACACGUAUUUUCAGAAGGAUUCAAUGAACCAUUAUCAUUAGACUACCUUGGAGAAGAGGCAAGAUCCUUAAUAGUUGUAUUAUUAAGCAGACCUGCAUAUUUAGCUGGCCAAGCAUCACAGCAGCAAUACUCAUCAAUAAAUGUUCGCUGGGUAGAAGCUGCACCUAGGUGGCUUGCUGCAAGAUGUGCCACUGAAUGCCCAUCAGUACAUGCAUGCAUCAGUGCAUCACUGUUCUGUGAUGGUACUUGGCACUGUCCUUCUGGAGACGAUGAAGCAGUAGUUACAUGUCUCAUGGCUCUAUCUCCCUGGCUUUGGCUUACAUUUGGUCUUGCAAUUGGGUGUAUCUCAGUUUUAGGUAGUUGGUGGGGAUGGACCUACUGGAAGACACGGCACAGAUGUGACUCCUCUAAUGGCUGCAGUGAAGAAGUAUUAACUCCAGGUCAUCAUGAAUCUCCCCCUGAACCACCAGAAUACCCUGAAUGCAUUGAUGUUGACUUUGAAACGACCGUCUGACAAUACGCCCCCCGUG